AAUGUAUGUUCAUUGAUAGUUUUGUUUCAGAAUUCUAUUUCAUUGUUGCUGAAAUUACAUACUAACAUCCCAUGUGAAAGUGUAUCUUUCUUCUCGCAUGAGUGCGUUGAAGCGCAUUCAAGUGUAGAUUGUGUGAUUUAGAUGCUGAUUGUGGAGAUCAUGAGGUCUAUUUCCAACGCAAACGCCGGUAAUUUCUAUGAGGGAAUGUAGUCUUUGUCGAUGGAUGUCUUACAAUCUCUGAAUGGUUUGUGGUGGCAUCGUGGCAGUCAUUGACUAAAUUUUGCUAACUAAACUGUGGUGAAGCUCUUGCAACGGGAAGAUCUCAUGAGAGCAAAUCGGCACACAUUUAAGGUGGAGUGGAAUCCAACAACGAGGUUGCGGUUCUGUAGCGGGCUGAGCUGAUGACCUAAGAUGCACAGAAAUGUGGGUUAGCAACGCAGGUCCAGAGGUGUGCUACAUAGACGUGAUGGGCAUGGAAUUUGAAGGCCCCGGCCACGAUGACGAGGACAAGUCAGGUGUGAUCUGAAAGGUAGACCUGUGACAUAUUGUCUGUUCAAUCACGGAGUGUGGGCCCACGACGUCGUUGCAGAGGAUUUGAUGGAGCGCACGAUGACAUUCCAGCGUGCCACUUACGCUCAGGAUGCGAUAGUAUUAGUGAUAUUGAUUUUCUAUGUCGUUAGAUGGACUUUGUUCAUGUGUGAAAAAUGUGUGCUCGGAACAAUUUUCAAAAUUUGGAUUCAAAAUUGUUUUGGUGGCUGGAUUAUGUUCUUUAACCUGAACCAAGCUGCUAAAGCAUCCUGAACCGAAUCGAUGAGAUUCUUUUCUUCAACCCCCAAGGCUUGACACUCGCAUGAUUGGUAUGUGUCUUGUUACUUUCAACCUUAAGAGCUUGAAAUCAUUCGAGAGAAGAUUCAUCUGUUCGUUACCAAUUGUGGAAUACACACCAUCGACUAAACCAAUGGCGAUGACAUUUUCAUCCCCGUUGUACGGCAUUUUCGCACUACCGACGUCACUUUCCAUGAUUCAUGGAGUUUUCUGUGUGAUUAUAAUACACGUAAGCACCUCUUGGGGAUGGCAGUGUUCCACUGUGGCAACAGUUUCAGUAGCAAUUUCAGUAGCAGCUUCUUGCAGCAUGGGUUGCAAGCAUGGCAUUACACAUGCAUAAUAUGAUCCACUCCGUGACACUGCAGUAUCCGAGCUCCGUUGUGGCCUUUCCCGUUUCUCUUGGUCACCACGCUUUGGUGCUUCGCUCUCGAAGUGGGUUGCAGAGAUUUCGAGUAUCCAAAGUUGCUUUGAGUAGUUUGCGUGUGAGUCCUGCGCUUCCUUUUGGCGGGAUUAGUUUGAGGGAUUGUGGAAGAUCGGUGGGUGGGUUCGGUGGAUCUUCGCCUGUGAAAAGGGUGAGGGAGUUCCAAGCAAUGGCAGUGCCCAAGGUUCACAAGGCGUGGGUGUACCAUGAGCUUGGCCCUGCCAAGGACGUGCUCAAGUUUGAAGAGGUCGCUGUGCCUGAAGUGAAGCCAAAUCAGGUCCUUAUCAAGGUGAAGGCUGCGGCCAUCAACCCUGUCGACAACAAGCGCCGAACUGGCUACCUUGGGGAUAAGGAUUCUCCACUUCCGAUUGUGCCAGGAUAUGACUGUGCUGGAGUGGUGGUGAAAUUGGGCGAUCAAGCCUCCAAGUUCGAAGUGGACGACGAGGUGUAUGGCAUGACUUCUGAAAUUCCUGUCGUGCAUCCCAAGCAGUGGGGCACUCUGGCAUCCUACACAGCUUGCGAGGACAAAUUUCUUGCACUGAAGCCCAAAAACUUGAGUUUUGAAGAGGCUGCGAGCCUACCCCUUGCCAUCCUCACCGCUACCGAAGGACUCCAGAAAGCUGGCUGCGAAGAAGGCAAGACGGUGCUUGUUCUUGGUGGAUCCGGCGGAGUCGGCACACAUGUUAUUCAGGUUGCCAAGCACGUCCUCAAGGCUGCUCACGUAACAACAACAGGAAGUUCAAAGAAGACCGAAUUUCUAAAAAAUCUUGGAGCAGACGAGGUUCUUGACUAUCACUCUACGGAUUAUACCCAGAAGCCCGAACGCUAUGACGUUGUCUAUGACACUGUCGGUGAAGGCCCAACUAAAGGAGUCAAAGUGUUGAAGGAUGGAGGUGUGCUUGUGUCCAUUCUUACCAAAGACCCUGCCUUCCGGCAUGUUGUGCAAUCAAAGGCCGAGGUGCUGGAGAUGUUGAAUCCGUAUCUGGAGAGUGGAGCCGUGAAACCCAUCAUCGACCCCGAAGGAAGGUUCAAGUUCUCGGAAGUGGUGCAAGCUUAUGAGUAUUUGGAGGCUGGGCAUGCUACUGGGAAAGUGACCAUUUCUCCCAUAGAGUGAGGCUUUGUAAACUCUGAUGCAUUCUACGGAAGCUUUAGUUUAUUGCGGUGAAGAUAUACAUAAUGUUUCACAACAGUAUUUGAUAACGGUAAUGAGGGCUCUCCUUGUCUGGCACAUAGCUUUUAGAUUACAUUCGACCCAUAUUAUACGAAUGCUGUUGAUUAGAAUGAAUAGGGUUAUUGUCUCCUGCAUAUUGAGAUUGUACAGACGUAGAAUCAGACCCUCGUGUAUCCAUGUAAGUGCAGGGCUGUGCCAACAGACAGUUUCAUGUAUUAUUUCUGGGGGAUAAUUUACACCAUGAGAGAAGAAUCUCGUUAUGUGAUAA